AUGCUCGAGUUCAAGAGAUUGGACUGCAUAGAAAUCAAGAACAUAGUUAUAGUAUUUUUAAACACCACAACUGCCACUACCACCGUCAUUGCAAUGUCCAUAGCGAUAGUAACGCUUCUGUAUUCGCAUGACUACUUCCCGGGUGCACUGACGCUGGGCUCACAGCUGCGAAAAGCUGCAAAACCAAUUGAAGUUAGUAGCGACGAGGACGAAGAGGAAAACACACAUAUCUCUGAGUUCACUACCUGUAUUCUGGUUUCUUCGCAGCUGCUCGAGGACGAAGCCCGAAAUUACGACGUGGAACUGCUACGUCUGUUGUACGACCAGGUAAUCCCUGUCAAUAGCUCAGAGCAUGUCUCUGAUACGCUUGUGCAACUGAAUAAACCUAAUUUGGAACUACUGGAUAGACCGGAACUGUCAUUCACGUUUUUGAAAAUAGAGCUUUGGCGGCUCACACAAUUUGCACAAAUCGUGUACUUAGACUGUGAUUGUCUGCUGGUGGAUCACAAGAACGUGAAGAACACCGUGAAUGCAUUUUUAGAGGGCAUUUUGGCCUGUACGCAGGGGCAGGACAGCCACGAGAUCGGAGCAAGCCCCGAUUGCGGCUGGCCAGAUAUGUUCAACAGCGGUGUCUUCACUCUUGUGCCAGAUAGACGAGUUUACGAUCAACUAGCAGCGUUUGUCCUAAACACAGAAUCCAUAGAUGGCGCGGACCAGGGAGUGCUCAAUCAGUUUUUCAACCCUGCGUGUCAGAGAGAAAAUCAUGCAGAAGCCGCAACGGGCUGGAUCCGUUUGCCGUUCGCUUACAACAUGACGAUUCCCAACGCUGGUUAUCAAAACGUGCCUGCCGUGAAGUAUUUUAGGGAUGAGAUCAAAUUGGUGCAUUUUAUCGGAAAAGACAAGCCCUGGACGAGUGCGAAAGACGAGGACGACACGUAUCGCCGCCAAUGGUGGCAUCUGUACCUACAGUUUGCCGGAGAACACCCUAGACCGCACGGACCGGGAGAUGAAUGCGACGUUAACGUUGAUAACAUGGGAGAGGCUUUGGCACCCGCUACGAGUGCUGUGCCGCUUUUGCCACCGCAAUGGGACGCCACAAAGGAACCCCCGCCACUCAACGGGCUUCCUGAGGCGGCAACGUUGGAUUUGGAGCCCCGGUUCGAAUGGAGUCAGGAAAGCCAGCUGCUCGAAGACGAAUUGCCCAAGCUGCAGCUGGGCCCCAAGCCCGUGUUUCCCUGGGAGUCAUAUACCGACAGACACGACGCAACGCGGGUUUUUCCAGCCUGA